AUGACUCACGAGAUCAUCGAGCAUCCCCCGUCAUCAUCGGACGAUGACAACCUUCUCGUCAUGCCCCUGCCCUCCCGCUGGAGUGACCAGCAUAAGAAUGCGGGCCUGGACCUGCUGAAUGAUGGAUUGGAGGUACGCUACUUGGGUAACCCGCUUAAGCUUGAUCAUGAAGCUGCGGCGUGCCGGGCAGACCAUCCCAUGCCCCCACAGUGUGGCAUAUAUUACUUUGAGGUUACGAUUUUGUCGAAACCGAAGGAUGGGAUGAUAUGCGUGGGCUUCACAAGCAAUAAAGCAUCUCUCGAACGAUUGCCGGGCUGGGAGCAGGAAUCCUGGGCUUACCACGGCGACGAUGGCAGGACUUUCUUCGGCGAGACGCAGGGCCAGGGCAAAUUGUAUGGCCCCAAGUAUUCUGUGAAUGACACCAUUGGCUGUGGGGUGAAUUUCUCGACGAAUACCUCUUUUUUUACAAGGAAUGGGGUUUUUCUUGAUUGUGUCUUUGAAUCAGGUAAUGCGUUCCGGGAAUUGCGGAAUGUGAAACUAUACCCUGCGGUUGGUGUGAAGAAGCAACCCACGACGCAUCUAAAGGCGAAUUUUGGCCAGUUUCCUUUUGUAUAUGAUAUUGACGGGUUGAUGGAGAGAGAGAAACUCAACGUUCAAGCGGAGAUAAGGGCUACUAAUAUUUCCAAUUUACAUUCCUCCCCCGAUGAGAGCACGUUUAUCCAGGAGCUUGUGGCUCAAUUUUUGGCGCAUGGCGGAUAUGUGGAGACCGCACGCGCCUUUGCUGAAGAGGUCAGGGAGGAGUCGCGGGCUUUGCAGAAUGGGCAGGAAACGCCGUUGAGAUAUUGCCAGGCAGAGGAGGAUGUUGAUGCUAUUAACCGCCAGAAAAUCCGCACUGCCAUUUUGGACGGCGAUAUCGACAAAGCUUUGAAAUUCACAAAUGCCUCAUACGCUAACGUCCUUCGGGACAAUCCACAAAUAUACUUUCGUCUCCGCUGUCGGAAGUUCAUCGAGAUGAUGCGUCGCUGCACUGAACCACAGCCUAUUUCCCCAUCGACGUCCAAGCAGGCAGCCCGCUCAUCCAAUGGUGCUACUGCUGUAUCUGUACACGAUACCAGCGACGACGUCUUCGUGCAUGAUAUGGAGCUAGACGAGCAUAUGAAUGAUGUCCUGGAUGAUGGUCAUGAUUCUUCGGAAUCCGAUGGGAGAGAUCACGACCAUUAUGAUGACCAAGACCCAGACCUCGAUGACGAUGACGACGACGAAGAAAACGGCAUGGAUGUCGAAGAAUCCGCCGACUAUAACACCUCAGUAUCGACAACAAAUGCAGCAAGCUACCACGACCUCCUCCACGAAGCGAUCCUGUACGGCCAAGAACUGCAAGCCGACUACCCCGGUGACCAGCGGCGGGAGUAUAAGCGGGCGCUGGACGAUAUCUUUUCACUAGUCGCAUACCCGGAUCCCAAGUCGAGUGUGCACGGGCAUUUGCUGGAGCCGAGCGGACGCGUUCCGGUAGCGGAGGAGUUGAAUUCGGCGAUUUUGGUAUCCCUCGGCAAAUCCUCCUCUGCCGCUCUUGAGAAACUAUAUCAACAGACUGAGGUUCUGGUGAAUGAGAUCAGCGAGGAUGGCGGCGCGGGGGCGUUUAUUAACGUGCGGAAUGAUUUUGUGAUAUAG